AUGAGGCUACACAUUGAUGAUCUUGACAAUAGGAGCCACAGGCACAACAUCCGCAUGCGGGGCCGGCGGGAGACUUCAGACCAAGAGAAUCUUCAUGCGCAACUUACCCGCCUAUUCAGUAUGAUUCUAGGCAGACCCCCUGAUGCCCAGGUAACAAUGGAUAGGGCACACAGAGCGCUGCGCCUGCGACCACCUCCCUCUACACCACCUAGGGACAUCAUCUGUAAAGUACAGGACUUCCAGCUGAAAAUGGAGAUCAUGAUGAAAGCGUGGACAGAGAGGUCCUGGAGAUUUGAGGGCCAAAACUUGGAACUGUACAAUGAUUUUUCUCACUUAACACUGCAAACUAGGAGGGCACUAAGGCCUGUCACAAUGGCGCUGCAGCGGGAACAGAUUAGUUACAGAUGGAUGUUUCCUUUUGCCCAGUCAGCUAGCAGAGGGAACAUGGAAGCAACUAUCCGCACCCAUGAAGAUGUCCCAGCAUUCACAGAAUCACUUGGUCUACCUCCCAUCCAGGUACCAGAUCGGAUUACUUGCCCUUUAAACGAGAGGAACAUGGGCCGGCCAGUUAGCCCAGAUACCUGGCAGAACGUGAUCCUGGGUUAG